AGGGUAGAUAGAAUUUGUGUUCAUAUUUGUUCUUCUGGGUCUUUGAUAUUUUUUUCCAAAGUUUUUAUUUUUAUUUGCCACGACUCUAGUAUAGACCGUUUGAAACAAUUUAGCCCCCAAUAUUUCCAUUGAUUUUUCAACCCCAUAACAUUGAGCCCUUAAUUUUUUAGUCAUAGUUGGUGGAUUUAGAGCCGAAUUGUAAAUAUCAGGUAAAAUUACGAUCUUGGUUAUUUGGAUUAAGUUCAGCGGCCGGGUCUGUGGAAUUAUCUUGAUGAAAGUUUGAGCUUUUUGUUGCAUGCACUGAUCACCUUCUUGAUUUCUGAAAAAGCUGAUUUUCUGCAGAAUUGGUUACCUUGAAUUAGCUUAACAUAACUCAAGUGCUUCAGGCUUCCGAGUUGGAAGUCCCCUGAUCCUGUGGGAUGUUUGUUUCAACUUUACUGAUUGAGCUUCCCUUUUAAAUUAAAGUUGUUUUUUUGAGGUGAACUGGGAUAUCUACUACCUUUGUUGUUUGUCUACUAAGAGUUUGGGUUGUCUAUGAUUUUACUACGUGCAUCUCUUCUGCAACUGCAAUCCUCACUAAGGAUUUCUUCUUUCAGUAUGAAAACUAGUUUGUAUUCGUUCUCAGAUCUUCAACUCAAUCGAAGUGGAAUAUAUCGUUUGCUGCACUUCAUUCCAAGACUUCCGAGUUCCAAGCUAACUUUUUUGAGCUUUCCUGACACAGGUGAUUUUUGUAUAGGAGCUAGCUAGCAGAUUGAAACAUAUUUUGAAUCACAUACUGAAGAGUCUAAGAAUUCAGUGAUGACGAUUGGAAGCAUUAAACCAACUAAAGAAAAGAAGUCAAGAAAGAGCAAAAAAUCUGUGGUGAAUGAGAAAUCCCCUCUGUUGCCCACGAAGCAUGAGGAAGAUGGUGGCUAUGAUGAAUUCGAUGGGGCUUCUUUUAGUGGGGCUGUAUUUAAUUUGUCAACCACUAUUAUUGGUGCUGGAAUCAUGUCCUUGCCGGCUACCAUGAAAGUCUUGGGUCUUAUUCUUGGGAUUGCGGUUAUCAUAUUUAUGGCGUUCUUGACAGAAGCUUCAAUUGAGUUAUUACUAAGGUUUAGUAGGGCCGCUAAAUCAGCUUCUUAUGGGGGCCUUAUGGGGGAUACUUUUGGAAAGUAUGGUCGCAUCUUGCUGCAAAUAUGUAUUUUGGUUAAUAAUGUUGGCGUGCUCAUUGUGUACAUGAUCAUCAUUGGUGAUGUGCUUUCUGGUUCAACAUCUGCUGGAAUUCACCAUCCUGGUGUCCUGGAAGGGUGGUUUGGAGCACACUGGUGGAAUGGAAGAUUUUUUGUUCUUCUGGUAACUACCCUUGCCAUAUUUGCACCAUUGGCAAGUUUGAAGCGUAUAGAUUCAUUGAAAUUUACGUCUGCAUUAUCUGUUGGACUAGCUGUGGUUUUCCUUGUUAUUACUGUGGGAAUUACUGUUUUCAAAUUGAUCAGUGGAACCAUUUCGAUGCCUAGACUGCUUCCUGAUGUUUAUGAUCUGACAUCAUUCUUUAAGCUCUUUACCGUGGUUCCUGUUUUUGUUACGGCCUACAUCUGCCACUACAAUGUUCACUCGAUAGACAACGAACUUGAGGACAACACCCGGAUAAAAGCAGUUGUACGAACUUCUCUUACUCUCUGCUCAUCUGUAUAUGCAAUGGCGAGCCUCUUUGGAUUCCUACUAUUUGGCCAAGCAACUCUCGAUGAUGUACUUUCCAACUUUGAUUCCAAUCUUGGAAUCCCUUAUGGUUCCCUGCUUAAUGAUGCUGUUCGCAUUAGCUAUGCUGCCCACUUAAUGCUUGUCUUUCCUAUUGUUUUCUAUCCUUUACGGUUGAACUUGGAUGGCCUCCUGUUUCCAUCUGCGAGGCCAUUAACUUCAGACAAUCUUAGAUUUGCACUAAUCAGCAUGAGUCUCAUCGGUCUCACCUUUGUGGGUGCAAAUUUCAUACCCAGCAUUUGGGAUGCUUUCCAGUUCACUGGAGCGACUGCUGCUGUUUGCAUUGGAUUCAUAUUUCCUGCUGCUGUUACUCUCAGGGAUAGACAUGGAAUAGCCACAAAGAAAGACAGGAUCUUGUGUAUAUUCAUGAUUGUAGUUGCUGUAUUCUCUAACCUGGUGGCCAUAUAUAGCGAUGCUUACUCAUUGUUCAAGAAAAAUGCAUCACCCAGGGGGUGAUGUCUCCCUUUACUUUGUGCUGAAAUGAAUGUGGCAGUCCUGGCUACAUGCACCAUCUUGAAGGUUCCCAAAAUGUGGGAUCACAUGUUGCCGAAUGGGGAAGAGUUCGGGUCUUGCAGGAUAUCUGCCCCAUAAAACUUUUAAUAGAAGCGCUCUGCUCAAUUUAUUGUUGAGGUAAUUCGUUUGAUAUGUAUACAAAUGUAGGUGGAACCUGGCUUUGUAAUUUGCUUCGAUGGGCAUUGUUGUUUUCAACUGUCCAAAUUGGAUUUCUGUUUGGUGGAAGAAGUCGCAGAAACACAGGAUCAAGCUUGUUCAUAUUUCUUGUAUCUAUUGGUUUGCCAGUAUAUUAUUCCUUGUAAGAAUCUUGUGUGAUGAUUCUGGUUAUGGCCCUUUUUCAUGGAAUGUCGUGAUUAUCAAAUACUAGUUAAAUACAAC